AUUCUUUUCUAUCAUCAUUGACCCUAACCACUGCCCUCUCCAAAGCCUAAAAAACAAAAAGAGCUAUAGUGAGUUUCUUGGAAGCCACUCUUGAAGCUUUAUAUAUAUAUAUAUAUAAACAAAUAUGCACAAUUCAAAUAGCACUACAAUCUUGUGUAUAUAAACUUCAUCACAAUAUUAAUAUUCAAGCAAAGCAAUCACUUCACUUUCACAAACUUCUCAUAUUUCUUUCACCUUCUCUGUUUUCUUCUUUGCUUCUGUGAUAAUUCUUGAUCUCUCUUCUCUUCAAGGAGUGUCAAAUCAAAUUCAGAAUCAGUCAUGGAAGGAAAAACCAAUAAGAACAAGGUGGAAAAAGUUGAAUUAGGUUGUAAUUUCAUGGGAAAAAUCUUCAAAUUCAAAACCAACAAGCUCAGAAAUUCAUCAUCUGUUCAUUCACUACCCAUAAAGACAAUUAACAAUCCACAACAAAAAGAAUCCAAAGGGUCACCAAAUCACGACUCGAAAAUUUCAACAGAGCCUCAACCACAAAAAAGCAUCACUUUUUCUCACACACCUACAGAUUCUGCAAGAAGUUCAAUUCAACAGAAAGAGCCUAAUGGUAAUUCUUCAGGACUUGCAAGAAUAAGCACUUCUAGUCGCCCCCGCGAGAAUGAAAACAAAUCACCAAGCAAAGAUUUGAGUACUAUAAAACUAACUGGAAAUUUGCUUACAAAUAGUAGCUAUAACAGUCCAAGAACAAGUAUUACAAAGAAUAAUAAAGAGUUAAAUUCUGUGCCAUGUUCUUUGAAUAAUAGUGUAAUGGGGAAUAUAAUGAGGAAAAGUGGUGAUGGGGUGGCGCAAUUUCGAAGUCCUAGGAGCAACAGAGUAGUAGACCCUGAGGUGUUGAAAUCAAUGGGAAAUGAAGCAUACAAACAAGGAAGAUUUUCUGAGGCUUUAGCUUUGUAUGAACGAGCUAUUGCUAUUGAUUCCAAUAAGGCAACUUAUCAUUGCAAUAAGAGUGCUGCUUUAAUUGGUUUGGGAAGGUUGAAGGAUGCAAUUGUUGAGUGUGAGGAAGCUAUUAGGAUUGAACCUUCCUAUGCUAGAGCUCAUAGCCGUUUGGCUACAAUAUAUUUCAGGUUGGGAGAAGCUGAAAAGGCAUUGAAUUGCAAUAAAGAAACUCCAUAUUUUGAUUCAGAACUUGCUCACCAAGCUCAGGCUCUUCAAAUUCACCUUGACAAAUGCAGUGAAGCUAGGAAAGGCAAUGACUGGAAAGUUAUAUUGAAAGAAACAAAGUCUGCAAUAUCAUUAGGUGCUGAUUCAGCUCCAAAGGUCUAUGCUUUACAAACUGAAGCCUUGCUGAAGCUCUUAAGGCAUCAAGAAGCUUAUGCCACCUACGAGAAAAUUUCAAAAUUGGACCUUGAUUGGUGUAACAAAUUAUUUGGACCUGUUUCUAGUGCUUACCUUCUGAUGAUAGGAGCACAAGUUUACUUGGCAACCGGCAGAUUUGAGGAUGCUGUAAAAGCAUCACAACAAGCAGCUAAACUUGAUCCAAGCAACAGUGAUGUGAAUGCAGUGGUACGAAGGGCAAGAGCCACGACAUCAGCAAGAUUGAGUGGUAACUUGCUCUUCAAGGCAUCAAAGUUCACCGAAGCAUACGCAGUAUACAAUGAAGGACUAGAGCACGAUCCUUUCAACUCAGUUCUUCUAUGUAACAGGGCAGCAUGCCGUUCUAAGCUAGGUCAAUUUGAGAAGGCAAUUGAAGAUUGCAACGUAGCUCUUACUGUUCAGCCUAGUUAUAGCAAGGCAGUGUUGCGACGGGCUAAUUGCAAUGCCAAGUUGGAAAGAUGGGAAGCUGCAAUUCAAGACUAUGAAAUGUUGAUAAGAGAAAAGCCAGGGGAUGAGGAGGUUGCUAGGGCUUUGUUUGAGAUCCAGCUAAAACUCAAAAUUAUGCGCGGCGAAGAUACUAAGGACUUGAAAUUUGGUUCAAAUUUGUUUUGUAUAUCAACCAAUGAUAAGUUUAGACAUUAUGUAACCUCACCUGGUAUGUCUGUGGUGCUCUUUUGCAACAAGGUUACUCAUAAGCAAGUUUUGUUGGUGUUGGAGCAAACUUGCAAGAGAUUCCCAUCGGUUAAUUUCCUUAAGGUGGAGAUUGAAGACCACCCUUACUUGACAAAAUCAGAAGGUGUGAACUCUGUCCCAGCAUUCAAAAUAUACAAGAAUGGAUCAAGGGUAAAAGAAAUCUCUGGCAACAACCAUGAGUUGCUAGAAAGAUCAAUUAAAUUAUACAGCAGCUGAAGAAACCAAAGAAGAAGCAUACCAUUGUUGUAGCUUUUAGGAAAAUUUAUAGGAAAAGGGGAUUUUUGUGUGUUAGUAAUUGAUUCUUUUAAUCCUUUGGGUGUUUGGUUAGGCUUUAAUUCUUCAUACCCCAUAUUUGGUGUAAUGCACAUUGGUUUGGGAAACCCAAACAAUUUUUUUAUAUGUAUAAGUUAUAUAUGUAUUCUUUAGAGGAGUGAUUUUUCAUAGUUUGUUAUUUUAAAUUAUUAAUGUAAUCAAAGGAUCACAAUUGCUGUAAA